AAUCAAAAAUUUCAGUGGAAAAACAGCAGAUUAUAUUCAAUGGAAAAAUGAAUUAGAAAUAAAAUUUACAGAAAUGAACAUAGACAACACAUUAACUAUAUUUGAAAGAUUCAGUGAAAAUUUAGAUAUAGAAUAUACCAUACAACAACCUGAUUAUAACUCAGGAGCAGACUUACCAAAAGCAUAUUAG